UUUUCUAAUCACAAGGUGUUGAAGUGUAAAAUAUGUGUAAGCAUAAAUAACAACAUAUUAUUCAUAUUGUGAUAAUCUAUGAUAUAAAUACGUCAGCAAUGGAACAAAAAGAAGAGCAAGUGCUGUCGACACAAAAAAAACUCCAAGCGUCACACGAUCCCGGCUGGAACGAUCCACCAAAAUGGGCGUUCACUUCAACACCUGCUGGAAGCACUCCAAUAAAGAGGUUAUUAAACAAACGUGUUGCAUUUCCUUUGAAUUCGUCUGGAGGAUCCGGAGCUAGUCAACCUAGCCGAGCGCCACCUUCAAUGCUGCCACCGUUGCUGCCUGAACCAGCACGUGGAGAACUUUUGUCAACAGCACCUCAUGUUCCUCUCAUAGAUCCUUCACACAUAAAAGCAGAAUUCACCAGGAGGUCGUUGAAUUACGAUAAGCAGCAAUGCCUAGCAGACAGUCUCAUUAAUUUCAAGACAGUCAUUGAUGACCAACUCAAUAGCUGUGACAAGAUUGAGGAAGUCAAAAAACGUUUGGAAGUCAUGAAGUCCAUGUGGGUUGAAGAUAAACUUCAUCCAGAAAUGUAUGAACUAUUAUUAAUGUUAUCUCGAGCAUUAGUUCGUAAAGACAUUGAAGAAGCUGAUAAAAUCCAUGUCGAUUUAAUGACGAGUUAUCCGGCACAAUGUACUGCGUGGAUUUCGGCAAUAAGAUAUUUGAUUUUGGGAUUGAAAGAAAAAAAUUUAACUGCUCAAGGUGAUUCUACUAAUAAGUCUGAACCUACGUUAUUAAAUCCUACUGGUUUAAAUUAAGUUAAUAUAUUAUUAAGGUAUAAUACGGAAUAAAUAUUUAAAUAAAAAAAAAAAAACAUGGUU